AUGCGAAUUAUUUCUUCAGUGACAAGUUCGACAUUAUUUCUCGCCUUGAUAAUAGCAUGCCGCGCUGAUAGCGACGAAAGUGAUGAAAGCGGCGAACGAAACACAAAAAUCUUCGACAGGAUUACCUCGCUGCUUUAUCGAACUACUAAAAAUCAUGGGCAUCAUCAAGACGGACCUGGCAGCCUAAGGCAUCCUUAUCUAUACAUGGGAUUUCCAUACUAUAUUGGAGCAGGGCCAUAUAUGCCAGCGGAAUAUCAGAGGACACCACCACAAGGACAUCCAUCUGUAGCUUAUAGCGCUCCACAGCCGGCACCAGGCGCUAAUACAUUUAAUGUUGCACAGCUACCCAACAAUGCAAAUCCAAACUAUUCCCUAUAUCCAAAUUACCCUGCAUACCCGAGUGUUCCCACAUAUAAUCCAUAUCCAAGCAUACCAACGCAGGCGUAUUCAUCAGAUAAAAAACACCGUCAUCGCCAUUCAUCAGAGGAAGAUUCAGAAGAGCGUAACUAUUCCAGAGGACAACAUGAUUCAGGAAACGGUGUUAGUUCUAUGGAUCAUUCGCUAAAAUCAAAUACUGAAUAUCAAGAAACGGGGCAUUUCUUUGGCCCAUAUCAAGGACGUCCGUUAGGCUUACAAUAA